AUGGGGAAGCCGCUUAGCAGGCCAGACUGUCUACGUCAGAAUCCUCCAUGUGUUGGCAAAGGGGAAGAAGAUGAAGAUCUAAAUAUUGAGGAUUGCUACGUUCCUCAGAGGUCCAUCUAUGACACUGUGCGGCUGAAUGAACAGAUCGAUUCGGGCUCCAAGGGCAGCCUCUCCUCGAGGCAUUUCACAGACCGGACCUUACCCUACAGUCACAGAACACUGGACAUCAGCACUUUGUGCUCCAAUGGUGCCCUUACUUCUUCCAGUGUUUCUGAGCUCCGAAGCCGUGAAGCUAACAAGUUAGAUGAAAAAAUGAUCUUUGACGCUCUCAAACUGAACAGCGAUGUAAUUCGGACAGCUGGAAUACCCAAAGCAAAGUCUAACACAGAAAAGAAGGAGCAUAGGCGAUCAUGGAGAAUGUUUGUUCCGCCCAACUUUUCAGAUUACACAAAUAAAAGUGAAUGCUCCUUUAAUGAAACUGCUGAUUUGUCAGAUACAGCUAGAUCGGGCAAAUGCAAAUGGGGUACGAAUUCUCUUACCUCAGAAGAGGAUGAUUCUGGUUUAUGCAGCCCUCCAACAGAAAGGGAAGAAAAACAAGAUACACUGUUAGCAGGGGAGCAAGCUCAAAUACAAAGUUUAUCUUCUGCAGAAGAUAUCUAUGCAGUAGGUCAGUUCAGACCGCAUUUCCCAGGAAUUUGCAGAGAGCAGCAAACCCCACUGCUUGCAAGCAGUAGUGUCUCUGUCAAAGAAAGCUGCAGAUUGGCUUUGUAUGACAUGUUACCCUCUGGAAAAGUAACACAAAGCCAUGCACAGACGUGUGACAGCGAUCAGGAAGAGGUGGAGGGAAAGUACUCUCACUUGCAAGAUUUCAAAGAGAAAACUCUGGCACAUGAAGAUCCUCUUCAAAGUGAUGGAAGAAGUAUUUCUCUCAAGAAAAAUGACGUGGAAAAUGCAUAUGAAGCUCAUGAAAACAUUAAAACACGAGUCACAACAGUAGAAGGGGAUUAUGUGGAUGAUGCACGUCAUCAUAUAGAUUUUUAUUAUGCAAAUGUUACUGUAAAUACUAGUGACUUGGAUUUAGCAAAAUAUGAGAUUUUAUCUGAUACAGAGGAACCCAGUAUGGCACGUACGGGCUCAAAUGAAAUGGCACUUUCUCUUCAACAGCUUGAAUUAGAUAGCUCUGUAAACUGUCCAAAAGCUGUCCCAGGGAGAAGUAAAGGCAGUAUUUGGACUACUGGCAUCCAAGAAACCUUGGAUACAGUCUGCAAUGGCCUAUUGUCUAACAAGGUAUUCCAGAAAGAAGAAAUUGAACCCCUCCAAGUAAAACAACAGGAGGUAAAUUGGUUGGGUCAAGGUCUUAUUCAAAGUGCUGCUAAACUUACCAAUACAGAAAACCUUGAACGUGACCUUGAAGAUGUCAACACCCGAUGGAAAACUCUUAAUAAGAAGGUUGCCCAGCGUGCUGCACAAUUGCAGGAAGCCCUCCUUCACUGUGGGAGAUUUCAGGAUGCUCUUGAAUCUCUGCUUAGCUGGCUCAUUGAUACAGAAGACCUGGUGGCCAAUCAGAAGCCACCAUCUGCUGAAUUCAAAGUUGUGAAGGCCCAAAUACAGGAACAGAAACUUCUCCAGAGGUUGCUGGAUGACCGCAAGCCUACUGUUGAGGUAAUCAAGCGUGAAGGGGAGAAAAUUGCAGAGUCAGCAGAACCUGCUGAUAGAGUGAAAAUCUUGAAACAAUUGAGUUUCCUGGAUAGUCGAUGGGAUGCAUUGCUCAGUAAAGCUGAAAUAAGGAACCGUCAGUUGGAAGGCAUCUCGGUGGUAGCACAGCAGUUCCAUGAAGCUCUGGAGCCACUGGUGGAAUGGCUGACCACCACAGAGAAGAGGCUUGCAAAUGCAGAACCCAUUGGAACACAGGCCUCCAAACUGCAGCAGCAGAUUUCUCAGCAUAAAGCCCUAGAAGAUGAUGUCAUAGCUCACAAUAAGGGUUUACAUCAGGCCAUUAGCAUUGGUCAGUCUCUAAAGACCAUGAGCUCCAGGGAAGAUAAAGAUAUGGUGCAGGAAAAGCUAGAUUCUUCCCAGGCCCGAUACAUUGAGAUUCAAGAGAAGAGCAACAGCAGGUCUGAACUUCUCCAGCAAGCUUACAGCAAUGCUCAGAUUUUUGGGGAGGACGAAGUUGAAUUGAUGAACUGGCUGAAUGAAGUCCAUGAUAAACUGAGCAAAUUAUCAGUCCAAGAUUGCAACACAGAAUUGCUUGAGAAACAGCACUCUGAACUACUGGAUCUUCAGCAAGAGAUUCUUCUUAGAAAACAAAAUGUUGAUUUGGCUAUACAAAAUGGCUUAGAGCUUCUCAAGCAAACAACAGGUGAUGAAGUUAUAAUAAUUCAAGAUAAACUGGAAGGCAUUAAGGCGAGAUACAAAGACAUUACAAAAUUGAGUUUGGAUGUAUCCAAGACCUUAGAGCAGGCUCUGCAGCUUGCAGGUCAACUGCAUUCAACUCACGAGGAGCUCUGCAAAUGGCUUGAUGAAGUGGAGGUGGAGUUACUUUCAUAUGAAACUCAAAUACCAAAGGGUGAAGAAUUAAGCCAAGUACAAGAAAGACAAAAAGAGUUGAAAAAAGAAGCAAAGAACAACAAAGGCUUACUGGACACUUUGAAUGAAGUUGGCAGUGCGUUCCUGGAGCUGGUGCCAUGGAGGGCCAGAGAGGGGCUUGACAAGAUGAUAACGGAGGACAACGAACGGUACAGAUUAGUGAGUGACACAAUCUCUCAGAAGGUGGAUGAGAUUGAUGCUGCCAUCCUGAGAUCUCAGCAGUUUGAUCAAGCAGCUGAUGCUGAAUUUGCCUGGAUUGCAGAAACAGAAAAGAAACUGAUGUCUCUGGGUGAUAUUAGGCUUGAGCAAGACCAGACCAUGGCUCAGCUACAAGUUCAAAAGGCUUUUACCAUGGAGAUUUUGAGGCACAAAGAUACUAUAGAUGAACUUGUUAAAUCUGGGGAUAAGAUUAUGAACACGUGCACCGAAGAAGAGAAACAGACCAUUAAGAAAAAAAUGGAAAGCCUCUUAAAGAAAUAUGAUGUAGUCUGUCAAAUGAACUCUGAGAGAAACCUCCAGCUGGAACGGGCUCAGUCCCUAGUUAACCAGUUCUGGGAGACUUAUGAAGAACUUUGGCCAUGGUUAACUGAAACAGAAAUGGUCAUUUCUCAGCUUCCUGCGCCAGCCCUCGAAUAUGAAACUUUAAAGCAACAACAAGAAGAACAUAGGCAACUGCGUGAGCUGAUCGCUGAGCACAAGCCUCAUAUAGAUAAGAUGAACAAAACCGGGCCUCAGUUGCUGGAGCUGAGCCCAGGAGAAGGUUUCUCGAUCCAAGAGAAGUAUGUGGCAGCUGACACCCUUUACAGUAAAAUUAAGGAAGAUGUCAAAAAGCGAGCACUGGCACUGGAUGAAGCCAUUUCUCAGUGUACCCAGUUUCAUGACAAGAUAGAUCCAACUCUUGAGAGUCUGAAACGCAUAGUUGAACGUCUGCGGCAGCCACCUUCAAUCUCAGCAGAAGUUGAGAAGAUUAAAGAGCAAAUCAGUGAAAAUAAGAAUGUGUCAGUGGAUCUGGAAAAACUUCAGCCGGUGUACGAGACGCUUAAACAGAGAGGGGAGGAAAUGAUUGCUCGUUCAGAAGGAGCUGAUAAGGAUAUAUCUGCUAAAGCUGUUCAGGAUAAACUAGACCAAAUGGUCCUCAUUUGGGAAGACAUCCAGACCUUGACUGAGGAAAGGGAGGCCAAACUGUUGGAUGUAAUGGAACUAGCUGAAAAGUUUUGGUGUGAUCAUAUGGCUCUUGUAGCUACUAUUAAAGAUACUCAGGACUUCAUUCGAGAACUGGAAGGACCUGGAGUUGACCCAUCUGUAGUCAAGCAACAGCAAGAAGCUGCUGAGGCUGCUAAAGAAGAAAUUGAUGGACUACAAGAAGAACUAGAAACAGUUGUGAGCCUUGGCUCUGAACUUAGAGCUGCUUGUGGAGAGCCUGACAAACCUAUUGUCAACAAGAGUAUAGAUGAGCUGAAUUCUGCCUGGGAUGCCUUAAACAAAACAUGGAAAGAACGGGUGGAUAAGCUUGUUGAAGCUAUGCAGGCAGCUGUUCAAUAUCAAGAUGGACUGCAGGCAAUAUUUGACUGGGUAGACAUUGCUGGCAGCAAGUUAGCGUCUAUGUCCCCAGUUGGAACAGAUCUGGAGACAGUGAAGCAGCAAACCGAGGAACUUAAGCAAUUUAAGACAGAAGCUUAUCAGCAGCAGAUAGAAAUGGAAAGACUGAACCAUCAGGCAGAGUUAUUGCUGAAGAAGGUAACAGAGGAGAGUGACAAGCACACUGUUCAAGACCCUCUCUCAGAGCUCAAACUACUGUGGGACAGCCUAGAAGAAAAAAUUAUAAAUAGACAGCACAAGCUGGAAGGUGCCUUGUUAGCCUUGGGGCAGUUCCAGCAUGCCCUCGAUGAGUUACUGACGUGGCUGACACAUACAGAAGACUUGCUGAAUGAACAGAAACCUGUGGGUGGAGACCCCAAGGCUAUUGAAAUUGAACUUGCCAAACAUCAUGUGCUACAAAAUGAUGUUUUAGCUCAUCAGUCUACAGUGGAAGCAGUUAAGAAAGCAGGAAAUGACCUGAUUGAAUCAAGUGCUGUUGAAGAAGCAAGUAAUUUACGGAGCAAGUUGGAACUCCUGAAUCAGCGCUGGCAAAACGUGUUGGAAAAAACAGAACAAAGGAAACAGCAGCUGGACAGUGCCUUGAUCCAGGCCCAAGGUUUCCAUGGUGAAGUUGAAGAUAUGCAGCAAUGGCUGACAGACACUGAACGUCAGCUGUUGGCAUCAAAACCCGUUGGAGGCUUACCAGAAACAGCAAGAGAGCAGCUUAAUACCCAUAUGGAACUUUGUGCUGCCUUUGAAGCCAAAGAAGAGACAUAUAAGUGUCUAAUGCAGAAAGGCCAGCAGAUGCUUGCAAGAUGCCCAGAGUCUGCUGAAACAAACGUUGAGCAGGACAUAAAUAACUUAAAAGAAAAAUGGGAAUCAGUACAAACAAAACUCAGUGAAAGAAAAACCAAACUGGAAGAAGCCCUCAAUUUAGCAAUGGAGUUCCACAACUCACUUCAAGAUUUCAUCAAUUGGCUUACUCAGGCUGAGCAAACUCUAACUGCAGCUUCUCGGCCAAGUCUUAUCUUGGACACUGUCUUGUUUCAAAUUGAUGAACACAAGGUUUUUGCCACAGAAGUGAAUUCUCAUCGAGAUCAGAUCAUAGAGCUGGACAAAACUGGAACCCAUUUGAAAUAUUUCAGCCAGAAACAGGAUGUUGUCCUUAUUAAGAAUCUGCUGAUUAGUGUACAGAGUCGAUGGGAAAAAGUAGUUCAACGUUUAGUUGAAAGGGGAAGAGCUUUGGAUGAUGCAAGGAAAAGAGCCAAACAGUUCCAUGAAGCCUGGCACAAACUUAUGGAAUGGCUGGAAGAAUCAGAGAAAUCUUUGGACUCAGAUCUUGAAAUUGCAAAUGACCCUGACAAAAUAAAGAUGCAGCUCGCACAGCAUAAGGAAUUCCAAAAAUCUCUUGGUGCCAAACAUUCUGUGUAUGAUACCACAAAUAGGACUGGACGCUCCUUGAAAGAGAAAACCACCUUGGCUGAUGACAAUUUGAAACUUGAUGAUAUGCUGAGUGAACUAAGGGAUAAGUGGGAUACCAUUUGUGGAAAAUCAGUGGAAAGACAAAAUAAACUGGAGGAAGCCCUGUUAUUUUCAGGGCAAUUUACUGAUGCUCUGCAAGCUCUCAUUGACUGGUUAUACAAAAUUGAACCUCAGCUAGCAGAAGAUCAGCCAGUACAUGGAGACAUUGAUUUAGUGAUGAAUCUGAUCGACAAUCACAAGGUUUUCCAGAAGGAGCUGGGAAAAAGAACGAGCAGUGUCCAGGCUCUGAAGCGCUCUGCAAGAGAGCUGAUAGAAGGCAGUCGUGAUGACUCUUCCUGGGUCAAAGUCCAAAUGCAGGAGCUAAGUACUCGCUGGGAGACAGUUUGUGCCCUGUCGGUAUCCAAGCAAACACGACUGGAACAGGCUCUUCGGCAGGCAGAAGAAUUCCACUCUGUUGUCCAUGUCCUUUUGGAGUGGCUGGCAGAGGCAGAGCAGGCUCUUCGUUUCCACGGGGUCCUUCCAGAUGACGAAGAGGCCUUGCGUACACUGAUAGACCAGCACAGA